AUGGUAGUCAAGAAAGCGGCGCCCAUCUUCGCCAACAAGGAGGACAGCAACUUCCGCGAGGCCCUCAAGCUCUACGAUGCCAAGCAGUACAAAAAGGCGUUGAAAUUGGUCGAAACCAACUUGAAAAAGAACGCCAACCACGCCGAGUCGUUGGCGUUGAAAGGAUGUGCCAACUACCAAUUGGGCCACAAGGACGAGGCCGAGCCCUACAUCUUGAAGGCAGUGGGAAAGGGCCCCGACAACUACUUGGUCAACCAUUUGGCCGGGAUCUACUACCGUUCGGUGGAAAACUAUCCAGAGGCUGCCAAAUGGUUGAAAGCUGCAAACGAUAACGGCUCGCCCAACAAGCCGAUCUUGAGAGACUUGUCGUUCAUGCAGACCCAGAUCAGGGACUACAAGAACUUGAAGGACUCCAGACAACAGUUCUUGGAGCACCAGCCGGGCUACAGAGCCAACUGGACCGCGGUGGCCAUUGCCCACCACUUGAACAAGGACUACGCCAGCGCAGUGUCGACGUUGACCAAGAUCGAAGGGAUCAUCAAGGACCACUUGACUGACGCCGACGCCUACGAGCAGAGCGAGUGUGUUUUGUACAAGAACUCGAUUAUUGCCGAGGCCGGUGACUACGCCCAGGCCUUGAAGGUUCUCGAUGAGGACGAGGACCAAAUCAGAGACCAGUUGUCGUUCUUGGAGUACAAGGCCAAGUACCUCAUGUUGUUGGGCUCCAAGAAAGAAGCCUCACUCAUUUACCGUACUUUGUUGAAGAGAAACCCCGACAACAUGCACUACUACAACCUCUUGGAGGCUUCCUUAGAAACUUUGGACAAGCCUAUCGAGUUCAGAUUGAAGUUGUACGAAAGAUUAGCUUCCUUCUACCCAAGAUCCGAUCCUCCCAAGUUCUUGCCAUUGACGUUUGUCCCAGCAUCCUCUCCAUUGUUCGAAGCUAAAGCGAGAGAGUACAUCAUUCCUCAAUUGACGAAGGGUGUCCCUGCCACUUUUGUCAACGUCAAGCCAUUGUACAAGGACCAAAAGAAGUUGAAGGUCAUUGAGAGCAUCGUUGUCGAUUUUUACAACAAAGAGGCCUCUGAAUCUUCCAACCCUACCAUCAAAUUAUGGACCACUUACUUCUUGGCCCAGCACUAUUUGUACUUGAACAACUUGACCAAGGCAUCUGAACAUAUUGACGCUGCAUUAAAGCACUCCCCUACCUUGGUGGAAUUAUACAUCAUCAAGGCCAGAAUCUUGAAACACGAGGGCAAGAUUUUGGAAGCCAGUGAAGUCAUGGACCAAGGUCGUAAGCUUGACUUGCAAGACAGAUUCAUCAAUUCCAAAACCACUAAAUACUUAUUGAGAGCCAAUAAGGUCAACGAGGCUAUUGAUUGUAUCUCAUUAUUCACCAAACUCGAUGAAGAUGCAGUGAACGGUUGUAAAGACUUGCAUGUCAUGCAAUGUAAUUGGGUUUUGGUUGAAAGUGCGGAAGCAUACUCCAGAAUGUACAAGGACUUUGAGGUCAAGCUUGAAGAAUUGCGUAAAGCUGGCCCUGCUGAAGGGGAAGAGGAAUCUUUUAAGGAAUUGGAGAAUGAUUUAAUUGAGAACAUUGAGAUCUACAAGGGAUUAUCUCUCAAGAGAUUCCAGGCUGUGGUCAAGAUCUUCAAGAUCUUCUUCAACGAUCAGUAUGACUUCCAUUCUUACUGUAUGAGAAGAGGUACUCCAAGGGAUUACGUCGAGACCUUGAAGUGGGAAGAUAAGAUUCAUGCUACUCCAAUCUACACUAGAGUGUUGAAGGGGUUGAGUGAGUUUUACUUUGAUAUUCACGAAUCAUUGGCAACCAAGAAGACCGAGGAAGAGCCAGUUGUAAUCAAGAAGAACAACAAGAAGCUGAAGAAACUCCAAGCCCAAGCUACCAAGAAGAGAGCCGAAUUGAUCUCUAAGGUGGAGAGCGAAAAGGAGGACGCCGAUCCUUUGGGUGCAAAAUUAUUGCAAGACUUGACUAACGACAAAGAUAUCAUUGAAAGAUUGUUUGAGUUGUUCAAGCCAUUGAUCCAAGAAGGCAGCGGACUCAUCUUGACUUGGGAGACCUUGUACAGAAUUUACUUGAUCCAAGGAAAGUAUGUGUUGGCAUUACAAGCAAUCAAGUCCUUGAAUAAGAUCCUCAAUCCUUACGGCAGCGAGAACAAAUUCAAGACUAUUGGUAAGAAGGUUGUUGAAUUGUCCGAAACUUCCAAGAACGAUGACAAUGCCAAUGCUGCUAUCGUCAAGGUAAUCGAGAAGGGUUUGAUCAGCGCAUUCCCAGACUUUGAGAAUGGUAACAUUUUAGAGGUGUACACCCAGUAA